UUCAGAUGUUUUAGUCUGUCUGUCACAGAAGAAUCAACUCACCGAAGACCUAUCCAGUUAGGAACGCGGUGUCCAUAUUUCAAGAAGAAAAUAGAAAAGGCCCAAAUAUGUCUGGAAAAUGAAAGUACAUGGGAUCCAAGCAUGACCACUGCUGUGUCUCUUAAUAAGGAACGUAAAAGCUUUUCCGUUGUUGUGGGUUUUGAGGCAGUACCAUAUUCUGAGAGAUACCAAGUCUCCAUCCAGAGUCAUGGUUUCUAUUACUCAACUAAUGUCUCAAAGGAAAACAGAUCAUCAUUAAAUGUGACAUUUGAGUUUGGUUGGUCGCAGCUCUCACAAUGUAAAAUACUUUUAAUGAUUCAGCCGUUCUUUAAUCGAUGCAAGAAUGACUGUAAGCCCCAAAAUAAGACAAUUGAUUUAUGCUCAGAUUAUCCACCACGGACCUUCAUUAUAAAAGCAACUGUCGGGCUGCUUUUCAUCGGUGGUUGCCUUGCUUGUUUACUGCGGUGUGCCUCUCAGAAAGAUCCUGUGAACACAGCAUCAUCUGCUGCCAAACAACAACCACAAGGUUUUCAAGUGCAAGAGAGAAAAAAAGUCCUUGUCAUCUACUCCCUGGAUCACCCUUUAUACAAACACAUUGUCAUGAAGCUGUGUGCCUUCCUGGUGACCAAAUGUGGUACUGAAGUGGUCCUGGAUCUGUUUGACUCCACAAGACUAGGAGUGUUGGGAAGCAUCCAGUGGUUGGACUGGCACAGAGAACAAAUAGAUAAGAUACUUAUUCUCUGCUCACGAGGAGUGCAAGCCAAAUGGAGAGCCAUGUGUGGUGACAAACAGAUUUUUCUGAGAGAGGAUGCCCGUUCACCUGUAGGUGACAUGCUCAGUCCAGCCCUCAGCCUCAUGAUCCCCCAUUUUAUCCAAUCCGCAUCAUUUGAAAAGUACAUAGUGGCUUACUUUGGUGACGUUUGUUCUGAAGAGGAUGUUCCUUUACCUUUCAACAUUACAGUAAGAUACAAGCUGAUGAAACAGUUUGAGGAGCUCUUUUUCAGAAUCUUGGACACUGACAAACAUGAGCCCGGCAAAGUAAAUCAUAUUGAGGGGCUUUCAGAGGACGAGUAUCAUCGUUGUCCCUCAGGUGGAGCCUUGCGGGAUGCCAUAGAGGCUUUUCAUGCACACCAGCUGGAGAAUCCACAGUGGUUUGAAAAUGAAUUUGUAGAAAGCUCAAAGACCUCAGCUGAAAUCUGUUACAAUGCAGAAAUAACCACGAACCUCGUUACAUAUUCUGUAGCCGACUCAACCCAAAUCACCAGUUAUUGUAAAGACACAAAAAGUGAUUUCAAUGCAAACAAAACAUGACUUUACGUGGCUGAGAACAUGCAGCCAGAUUGAUAUGAUUGCCUUUUUUGAGACAUCAAUGGAGAUCCUCCCAACACUUUGAUGAAACUAUCAAAAGUAGUCCAUGAGUUAUUCAGCUCAUGUUCUCCAAUCGUAGGAGGAACAGACAUCUGCUGAGAAAAAUAACCAGUGGAUACAAACAGAUAUUGAACUCAUAUUGGAGCAAGUAAUGAGCAGAUAUGUGAACAAUGACUGUAGAAGAAUUGUAUGAAUCUGUGUAACUUUUCACCAACCUGUUACCAGAUGUGAAUAAAAAAGAAUAUGUGGUGAUUUUGUGUAAAUGUAUCACAGUUGUUUUCUAUAUUAUUUCAUUUAUUUAACAUGUAUCUGCUUGUCUUCAUAUCAGUUCUACAGUAUUUUUGCAUAUUGCAUUAAUGUUAAAUAUCGUUUGCUUUCUCUCAGCCAAAUGCAGAGUAGUUACAGGGAUCUGUGGUUGAUGCUUUUGGUCUGUGUAAACAAACUUGGUCAAAGUUCAGCUUUCUGGGCAAGAUAUCUAGCAUUUUGUUGCACUGGAGAAGGUAAGCAGUUAACCAUGUUUGUGGGACACUGUUUUGUAUGAUAGUGAGCAAAUUGAAUGUAAUGUGCUUUGGACUUGAUUUUUUAAUUAACAAUUGUAUCAGAGAGUCUCCCUCCUGCAUCAAAGACAGAGUAUGUGAGCAGAAAUAAAAAUUUGUUGUUAACUCCUUUAGACUGAUGAAGCUUUUUAGAUAUUUUCAUUGUGGUUUGAAUUGUUUGUUGACGUGUCUCUGAUCCUCUCAGUGUCAUUGAUGAGAUUUUAGAUUAAAUACAGUGUUAAAUUUGCAAUUCUGGCAAACAAAAUCAGUUGUAAAGUA